ACUGAAGUCAAAAUCCCCAAAUUGAGUCAAAUUUCGGGUUCGAAACCGAAAGAGAGAAAUAGAACGUAAAGAAGGAAGAAUCGGAUGCAUUCAAGUCAAGAUGAGUAAUCCAGAGAGAGCAAUCAAACUCACCAUUCAUUUUGGUGGGUUUAUGAAGAAUAAAAAUGAAGAUUACACUUACGAAGGAGAACUGGGCUCUCACAUCGUGAAUUGGAAAGCAUCACACAUUACUUGGAAAAUAUUUGUUGACUUCUGCAAGCUUGAAGCAAUGUUGCAUGCUCCUAUUAGGUUCAUAUGGUAUAAAGAGGCUGGGAAAGAGAUGAGGACAGUCAACUAUGUGUUUGAUGAUUCUGACGAAGACAUGUUUCCGUUGGUUAUGUUGGGGCAUAGUUCAUGUGAGCUUGAGAUCUAUGUGGAACAUGACAUUUCAGAAAAUAGCGAGAAUGCAAUCAUUCAUCUGCUACCAAGUAGUCAACUUGAAGAUAUUCAAAAUGGUGAGGACCCAAAUUUCAGUUCUGAAAGUGAUGUAGAUGUCGAGAGGCCAAAAGAAGAUGAAGAACCUGAGCAAUCUGAGGAUGAAAAACAUGAUGAAGGAUAUGAAGCUGAGGGUGAAGAUCAAGAUCAGGCUGACGGUGAGGCUGAGUUUGAUGAUAAUAUGGUCGAAGGUAGAGAUGCGAAUGAUGCUGGUGAUGGAGCAGCAAAGGGUUUAGGAAAUGAGAACACAAAUCUGGUUGAUGAGGGAGAUGAAGUAUAUUUAGAUGCUGGUGAUGGAGCUAAUGAUGAUCGUUUUCAGUCAGUAUUUGAGGAAGGUUCUAUGGUUGUACCUGAUAGAGAAGCAUAUAAAAAUACUGAUGAACAGGAUGCAAAUGCAAGAGAAGCAGCAAAAAAGAACCAGUUGUUGUGGAAGGUCCAAAAAACAGGCGUGGUAGACCUUGUAAACCACCGAGUGAGUUUCUGAGUCAUCCAAAGCCUCCACCAAAGCCAAGAGUAAGAAAGACUCCAGCCAC